AUGAACCUGGCGCCGGAUCCACACUAUGGACAGCAGGAUAGCAAUCAGAGAAAGCGGUCAAAGGUUUCACGCGCCUGCGACGAGUGCCGCAGGAAGAAGAUCCGCUGUGAUGCGACAUCUGAGAAUGGGCCUGAAGCUUGUACGAGCUGCAAACGCACCGGAGCGCGUUGUCAGUUUAGCAGGCAGCCGAUGAAGAGAGGACCGAGCAAAGGGUACAUUAAAGAACUUGCCGAUCGACUUAGCAGACUGGAGUACGAACAGCAGCAGCAGCUCGGACAUUCUCCGCAAGGCACUCAGCAACACCAGCAGCACCCCGAGCUUAACCUUUACAAUUUGAGCGAGCAGACGAUUGGAUCGUUGCAAGACUUUUCGCCGUCCGCUUCUGCGCAGUUUGGUAACGGCCGGAAGAGGACACACUCCAUGUCUGAAGGCCUGGACGGCUCUCAAUACAGAACCUCUCUGUCACAACCGCCAAAUGGCGCUCAGCAGCCUUGGGAGCGGCGCGAGAGCUUCACAGGGUUCGAACAAGAUCCUACCAAUUUUUUCGAGUUCAGCCAGACUGCUGAUCAUGCCGUUGCUGAGUUCUAUCGCGUGAUCCAGGAACCUUAUCCGCUUUUACCGUUCGAUGCCAGGAAUCUCAAGUUGCGCCUAGGCAAUUGUGACUUGAAAAUUCGCGAGGCCUUCAUCGCUGCGCUUGACUGCGCCGUUCGCGCCUGGCCCUCGUCCAGUUUGCCGCUUGAGCCUAGUCACGAGGAAAGAUCCAGAAAAGCGUAUCAACUUCUGUCAGGUUGCAUCGGUGCUCCUCUCACAAAAGGCACUGGUAUUUUGCUGGUGCAAGGUUUCUUACUCUUGGCCAUCGAAGCCGAUCAGCACGGACCUGUGGCGCUGGACGUCCAUGCCGGUGCGUUGAAAGACAUGUGUCUUGGCCAAGCGGCAGGCUUGUGCAGUGCAUUGCAGCUAAAUGCCAUGCAAUACGGACAGAGGCGCGAAAACAUCGACUUUGACAGUGACGAGAACCUUGGCCGCAAGGUCUUUUGGGUGUUGUUCAUCAUCGAUCACUGGCACGCCGUCAGCACGUCAAGUGAGCCCAAGGUUUCGGAAGAGCGCAAUCAUUUGACCAUUGACGAUGAAGCACUCUUCACUCCAAUGGUUUUUGCCGUGGCCCGCCUCUCCCUGAUAUUGGCGCAACUGUCUGCAUUUGCCAAAAUUGCAAGGGAUGCCGCGUCUGAUCCUUCUCCAAACGAUAUCAUGUCUUUGCAUAGUCCAGUCGCCUCGGUCUUGACGUUCUCGAAGAAGGCUGUUCUUGGCGAGCUUGAAAGGUUCAACGAGACGCUCCCGCAGGGACCGCAUCCUCUGGCUCUACUCAGCUAUUGGCACGUACGUCUGCUUAUCGUCCGCUUCUUUCCGCACUCUGCACCGGCGGAGAUUAUCCAACCUGCUACUGCUAUCGUGACGCUACUCAACAACAAUGCCGUCAUGGUUACAUCGCCGUACCAUCACUUUGCCGCUCUGGCAGGUUUGAUUCUCGGUGAGCUAGCAGAGAAAGACGAGACUCGGGAGGAGGCGCUCCGUUCUCUCGGCGAGCUGGACAGCUUCCUCUCGCGCAGCAAAACCGAGGCCAGUUUCGGCUGGGACGUCACCGUGCGCGAGUACGUGGCGAAGAAGCGCGCGUCGGUCAACGAGUCGACGGGCGGCGCGUCGACCAACAUGCUCGAGCACCUUGCCGAGGCGGCCGUCGGCGAGCGCCAAGGCUCCAAGGGCGCUGACAAUCGCCCCUCGAGCAGCGGCGGCGCCGACACCGGGGUCAAGGACGACGUAAGCAACGCGGCAGCCGCUGCAGCCGCCGCGGCGACGGCCGCAGCCGCGCUCAACCAAAGCUUGCACUUUGAUCCGGACGCGCUUCUGAGGGGGGGUUACUUGAAUGUUCUGGCCCAGGUACUUUCAUCCGAGGCCCAUUGAAUCGAGAUGCUCUCUCUACACUGAUGUUUGCAAGCUAUCCAUGGCGAUGCACAGGGUCCAGUAUUCGUGGCACUGGUGCUGCCUCGCUCACGACAUGACGUAAGGUCACGGGCGUGAAAGAACUCUCUCACUCUCACUCUCUCUUCUCAGUCUCAACUCGCUUUAGCAUUGAUCCCCUCUAUCAACGAGAAAACCGGCUUCACGAACUUUUUUUUUUUUUUUUUUU